AUGGUCUAUGAGGGUAAGCCGAGCACUGGAUGUUACCCUUGUCGAAAGCGGAAGAUCAGGUGCGAUGAAGCCCGCCCCAACUGUCGACACUGUUAUGUCUAUGGGCGCCCAUGUCCAGGCUACCGGUCUGAUGCGAUCUUCCGCAAUGAAUCCAGGAAAUUUGAGCGGCUAGCAAAGAAAGAUGCAAGUUCCGGUUCCAGCGACAGCUCUAGUUCCAAUUCUUCUCCUCCCAAGCGUCAAGCACAACCGCCAGCACGCCCGCCUCAAGCGUCGGCAUUAGCAGUGUACCGCGUUGCGGACCCAACGUGGGAACACCGCGCGCUCUGUUACUUUUUUGAUCAAUACACUACUCCUGCCGAAGACGAAGGUGGCGUGGCCCAUCUCGAGUACAUCACCUCGCUGUAUGCACGCUACGGCGAGGGCAGCCCUCGAGCCGAGGUAUCACCGUCUGCCUGUCUGCGAUGGGCCGUAAACGCUACAGCGCUGGUGACUCUCGCCCAUGUGGCACAUGCGCCGCCGCUGAUGAUCAAGGCGCGACAGGGUUAUGGGAAGGCGGUUCGCAGCCUGCGGGCGGCGUUGGCUUCGCCGGACCAGGUGGCUAAUGAUGAGACCUAUGCUUCCGUUGUGCUUCUUUCGUUGUUCGAGGACAUCACUGGUGAACGGGAUGGCUUGUUCGGUUCUCAUACGGCCGGGUUGGAGCUUCUUACGAAAUUGCGAGGCGAGAGUCAGUUGAGGCAUCAGCUGGGACGUGAGAUGUUUAUCUUUGCCUGGGCGCAAAUCGUUGUUGAGAUUCUCGCUUUGGGAGGCAAGACCCGAUGCAAUUUUGACUGGGCUAUGGGCAUGCUGGAUGAGAACGACCCUGUUGAGAGUCUCAUGCUUGCAACAACCAGACUCUGUCAGCUUUUCAUAUCCUUGCAAUCCGCCCCAAAUCCACCGGACCAGGCCACCCUCGAAUCCUGGAUCGCCGCUUGUCAAGAGUCUGACUUUGAACUCUCUCAAUGGACUCUUUAUCUCCCAGAUCACUGGCUCCCGUUAGUUGUCUACUCCGCCAAAGGGGAACCUCUCCUAACCUCCCACCGCAUCUCCAACGCCGUGAUCCGGGGUUGCUACCGUGCUGUCCGCGUGAUUCUACAGCAACAACUCCUCAACCUUAACCACACUCUCAUCUCCAUCAAUCAGAAGAAUCAACAAUCUGGAGACCCAGCACCGGUCGAGGGCAAAUUUGACGAGAAGAGUGUGCGGUCCGUCAUCCGGGAAAUGAUCCCGGAUAUGUGUCGCAGCAUGCCUUUUUGGUUAUCAGAUGUCGAUACUCUCGGACGGCCCAAGAAGCCCAGCGACAAUUGGCGGCCGGUUCGUGCCGCGCAGGCCUAUGGUCUGCUUUGGCCGCUGUGGUGUAUGAUAUCCUGCGGCAUGCCGACCCCGGCCCAAAUGCAGCAGAUGAGCACAGUGCUCUUGAGAGGCGGCUCAUCGCUCGGCAUUAAAUUGGCGCUGAUUCUGGCGCGCGAAGCGGAACGUAUCCGAGGGGAGUCUGGACUUUCCGAAAUACCCGUGGUCGGUCCUAAAUCUAGUAGGAACAUCAUGGGCGAUGGGGUUUGUACAUUUUAA